CUGGCGCCGGCGGGGCGGGGCCGGGCUGCUCGGGGACUUCCCUUGGGCCGAGCUACGCAGCUGGGUUUUGGCCAAAUUGGGCGAGGGCACAAAAUAACCACUUACCCCUUCUCACCGAGGAAGAGCGGGAGAAAGGGCAUGGCACAGUCACAAGGCUGGAUGAAAAAAUACUUCAAGUCCUUCUGUAAGGGCUUCUUUGUGACAGUGCCUGUGGCGGUGACUUUCUUGGACCAGGUUGCCUGCGUGGCAAGAGUGGAAGGAGCAUCCAUGCAGCCUUCUUUGAAUCCUGGGGGAAGCCAGACAUCAGAUGUGGUACUUUUGAACCACUGGAAAGUGAGGAAUUUUCAAGUUCAACGUGGUGACAUUGUGUCAUUGGUGUCCCCUAAAAACCCAGGACAGAAGAUCAUUAAGAGGGUGAUUGCUCUUGAAGGAGACAUUAUAAGAACCAUGGGACACAAAAACCGGUAUGUCAAAGUUCCCCGUGGCCACAUCUGGGUUGAAGGUGAUCAUCAUGGACACAGUUUUGACAGCAAUUCUUUUGGGCCGGGAUCGAACUCAGGAUCUUGCGCUUGUGAUGCAGGCGGCAGAACCACUGAGGUUUCCCUGGGACUUCUGCAUGCCCACGCCACACAUAUCCUGUGGCCUCCAGAGCGCUGGCAGAAACUCGAGUCCGUUCUUCCUCCAGAGCGCUCACCCGUGCCGAGUGAAGAGGAGUGACAUCCGGGUGCACCUGAGCUGCUGGCCUUGGAGCUACAAGAGCAGGGCUGCAGAAGAGGAACCUCCAAAUGGGAAGAGCCCCACAUGGCCACUGUGCGAGAAAUGAGAAAUGUUGAGAAUCUGUAUUCUUAAGAAAACAUUAAAUAUAUUGAACAGUAGUAAAUGACA